AUGCUAGUCCAUCUACUUUUGAAGAUAAUUCCGGUUUCACUGGAGGUUAUGCACAUAUGUUGUACAAAUUUGAAAGGUUCAAAGUCGGAAGAUGUUGGACGUUUCAUCAAGCAGCUCAUAGAAGCCUCUCCUGACAUUGUUAGAGAAUCUCUGAUUCAUCUACAAGAGCACAUGGUUAUUAAUGCUGUUACUCCUAACGCUUCAACGUGUAACAUUCAUGUCAUGAUAGAGUUCCUAUUGAUUAUUCUUACUGAUGUACCCAAGGACGCUAUUCGUCAUGACAAAUUGUUUGUUCUCUUGGCACGUGUUAGAGAACUUACAAAGGAGCUUAUCUUCAUACUUCCUGAUACCGUAGAAAAGAUCAAGCUUGUCAAAAAAGAGGUACAAGAGAAGAUCCCCAAGAGCAGCGGUAUUAUUGUUGCAAACGCUCCUAACAAGCCGGUUGAAAGAAACUCAUCAAGUACAGUCGGUAAAAUAAUCGUAGGUUUUGAGGAGGAGACAGAGUGGAUAGUUAGGAAGCUCACCAGCGGACCAGCUGAGAUAGAUGUCAUUUCCAUAGUUGGCAUGCCAGGGCUUGGAAAAACUACUUUGGCUUACAGAGUGUAUAAUGAUAAGUCCAUUGUUGAUCAUUUCGAUGUUUGUGCUUGGUGCACAGUUGACCAGGAACGUAAUGAGAAAAAGUUGUUGCAGAAAAUUUUCAAUCAAGUUAUUGGUUUGAAAGAACAAUUCAGUGAGCGGAAAAAACUAUGUGGACAGCGGUACCUUAUUGUCUUGGAUGACUUGUGGGAUACUGCAACAUUGGAUGAGCUAACAAGACCUUUUCCUGAAUUUCAGAAAGGAAGCAGAGUGAUUAUAACAAGUCGGAAAAAGGAAGUUGCUUUGCAUGGAAAAUGCCACAGUGAUCCUCUUUAUCUUCGAUUGCUAAGAUCAGAAGAAAGUUGGGAGUUAUUAGAGAAAAGGGUAUUCGGAGAAGAAUGUUGCCCUGAUGAACUAAAGGAUGUUGGAGAAAAGAUAGCUCGAAAUUUUAAGGAUGAAGAGGAAGUUGUGAAAGUUAUACAAAUAAGUUAUGACCAUUUGUCAGAUCACGUAAAGCCGUGUUUGGUUUACCUUGCAAUUUAUCCAAAGGACAAAGAUAUAAGGAUCUCUCAGUUGAAAGAUUUUUGGAUUGGUCAAGGACUUGAGAUGAAAAAUGCAGAAGAAGUAGUGGAUGCGUUAAUUUUGAGUAGCUUGGUAAUACCUUUCGAUAAUUUUAUUUGCAAAAUUCAUGAUCUUAUGCAUGACUUUUGUUAUAUAAAAUCUAGUAAGGAAAAUGUGUUUGACUUCAUAGGAGGUUCAAAUGCUCCGUCUUCUUCUUCUAGUGUGAUGGCACGAGGAAUUACCAUUUGUUAUAAUGAAUAUCUCUUUCGUUUGGAUGAAAAUUUUGUGGUGUUUAAUCCAGAAAAGAAGAAUCCUUAUGUUAAACACCUCUUCUCUCUGAAGGUGUAUGAUGGGAUUCAUGAUUGUCUUUCCUACAACAGUCACCUAAAACACUUGAGGCUUCUUAAAAGUUUGGAUUUGAAGGGCCUAACAUUGACAGAUUCUUUGCUGAAUGAAAUCGGUAUGCUCGUUCAUUUGAAGUACUUAAUCAUUCAGACGAAGGCAAAAGCUCUCCCUCCGUUAUUUUCAAACCUCUGCAAUCUAGAAACUCUAUCGGUGUAUAACAUUGAGAGAUCAUGCAUGAUACUAUCGCCUUGUUUUUGGAGUCUUGCAAAGCUACGAGAUGUGCGGAUGAUGGAAUGUGCUCUCUUUGAACCAACUGUGUUAGACGAGGACUCAAGGUUAGAAAGUUUGAGAACAUUACAGCAUCUCUCCCUUCCCGGUUCAGAAGACAUAGAGGAUAUUUUCAAAAGGUUUCCUAAUCUUCAAAUCCUUAGUGUCUCUAUCAUAGCAGAGAAGAUUUGUUUUCCAAGAUUGGAUGUCCUUAACGAACUUGAACAACUCAAUUUAUCUGCUUCUUGGGAUUCAUUCCAUGAAUAUACACACGGCUUCCUUUUGAGCUUGAAGAAAAUGAGGUUGCAAGGGCUCACUCUGACAUCUGAUUCAUUGUCAAGAAUUGCUAGACUACCCAACCUUCAAAAACUAAGUCUAAAAAAUGCAAUCAUCGAUGGGGAGCCAGGAGAAUGGAACAUGGAAGAUGUCACCUUCAAGAAUCUCAAAUAUCUAAAAUUGGAUAGUGUGGAAUUUUCUGAAUGGCAGGUUGAUGCAGAGAAAUCAUUUCCCGUGCUCGAGAUGUUAGAUAUAAUUACAUGUGAGAAGCAUAUGGACAUCCCAGAUAGUUUUGGAGAUAUUGCGUCAUUAGAACUUAUCAAAGUAUGGUUUAGCCCUCAGCUUAAAGAGUCAAUCUUCAAUAUUAAGGAAUAUGUUGAAGAAAUGACCGGAGAAGACAAGCUUCACGUAUCAUCUGCGGACAUUCUUAUAGAAUCUCUGAUUCAUCUACAAGAGCACAUGGUUAAUGCUCUUACUCCUAACGCUUCUACGUGUAACAUUCAUGUCAUGAUAGAGUUCCUAUUGAUUAUUCUUAUUGAUGUGCCCAAGGACAUUAUUUGUCAUGACAAAUUGUUUGUUCUCUUGGCACGUGUUAGAGAACUUACCGAGGAGGUAUUCGUUCUUUUUCGUAACUUAGAAGAGAAUAUGAAUGAAGCAAGUGCUGCAAAUCUAAACUUGCUGGAAAGUAUUGAACUUCUCAAGGAAGAUCUCAAGAAUGAUUUCUUAAAAGCCCGUGCAGACUCGUCUUAG